UUUAGUUUAAUUUAAAGUUGUAGAAAAAGUGUAUAGACUGGGACGGAUCCGAUUCGCGCGGCGGACGUUGAGUCAGUCUUGUUCCAACGCUGGGAAGAUGAUCGUGGCCGUCUUGCUGAUUCUGGAUAAAGCCACGAAAAACGCACAGGAAGGAAGGGGGAAAAGUACGUGUUGGGGGAAGGACGGAUCUUUAUUGACCCUGCAAACUUCCGUACCCGUUUCAAGAGGUACCAGUCUCUUGGUAAAAUGGGACAAUCAGCUCGAAUCUGAAACUCGUGGGAAAAGUAAAGCCACUUACGCAGUCUGCGAUGUUGAUCACCCGGCGAACUCCAAAGGAUACAAUGUCUCUUGUUUUCAUGAAAAUAACAAAUUUAAAACAAAAUUGUUGUUGGAAUGUCAUUUAGAAAUUCGUCUCUAUGAAACUUUGUUGUAAUCAAGUCACAUAGGAAAUCUUAAAAAUAAAAACUUCUUUUUUCUUCUACAUCUAGUU